AUCCAGCAUGCUCCGAGGCCACAGCGCUGUGUUCCAGGCCUUGCUGGGGACCCUCUUCACCUGGGGGCUGACGGCCGCCGGGUCGGCUCUCGUGUUCAUAUUCUCUAGUGGGCAGAGGCGGAUCCUAGAUGGAAGCCUUGGCUUCGCUGCAGGGGUCAUGUUGGCAGCCUCCUACUGGUCCCUCCUGGCCCCAGCGGUCGAGAUGGCCACGUCCUCCGGGGGCUUCGGUGCCUUUGCCUUCUUCCCCGUGGCCGUGGGCUUCACCCUCGGUGCUGCGUUCGUCUACUUGGCCGACGUCCUGAUGCCUCAGCUGGGUGCGGCGGAAGACCCCCACACGGCCCUGGCCCUGAACUUGGACCCCGCGUGGAUGAAGAAGUCUGAUGCCGAGAGUCCCAGGCUGCUCCUCCCUGCGAGCGAACUGUCCAUCCGGAUCGGGGGCACUGGGCUCCUUCCAGAUAAGAGCGAGAAUGGGGAGGCAUACCAGAGGAAGAGGGCGGCGGCCCCCGACCAGCCUGAGGGCCCCACCGUCCCUGCGUCUGCUCCGGGGACCUCGGCCCCGCCCAGCGGCAGCAGCUGGAGGAGGAUCACGCUGCUCAUCUUGGCCAUCACCAUCCACAACAUCCCAGAGGGCCUCGCUGUUGGCGUUGGGUUCGGAGCUGUGGAGAAGACGGCGUCCGCCACCUUUGAGAGCGCCAGGAACUUGGCCAUUGGAAUCGGGAUCCAGAACUUCCCAGAGGGCCUGGCGGUCAGCCUCCCCUUGCGCGGGGCUGGCUUCUCCACCUGGAGGGCCUUCUGGUACGGGCAGCUGAGCGGCAUGGUGGAGCCCCUGGCCGGGCUCUUUGGGGCCUUUGCCGUGGUUCUGGCCGAGCCCCUCCUGCCCUACGCUCUGGCCUUCGCUGCUGGCGCCAUGGUCUACGUGGUCAUGGACGACAUCAUCCCCGAGGCGCAGAUCAGUGGGAACGGGAAGCUGGCGUCCUGGACCUCCAUCCUGGGGUUUGUGGUGAUGAUGUCACUGGACGUGGGCCUGGGCUAGGCCGACCUGCUCCGACCCCAGGAGAGGCUGCGCGGGACCACGGCCCCCUCCUCCCCGCAGAGCCUUCCGCUUCCUCUCCCUCUCACCUCCCCGCCCCGAUUGAUCCUGAUCAGACGACGACGAUUUGCGCUUUUCUUCCGAGGGAGGCACUGGUGUUAUUUUUGGACUUUCAAGGGGUCAGUGGGACCACGGACUUCCGGUCGGCCUCUGAGUGGGACUGCAGCUCAGGGAAGGCUCUGCCCUCGGACCUCCAGUCGCUCUCACCAGACUCCAGGCCAGUCCCCGAGGUCACCUGUGGGAGCCGGCUACCCAGAGAGAAGGCUCUAAGCAUGCGACUCGGAGCAGAACGGCCGGGGAAUUGCAACAACUGUGAACACACAGUGAGCCCCGCAAAGGGAAGAGGCUGUAGCUUUGGUCGGAGACCUGUGUUCCAAGGGCACGGUGGCUGCCGUGGUUUCCAGGCCCCAUGACGUUCACGUUGAUCAGUUUAUAGCCUUCGUUUUUCUAAGAGAUUUGGGACACCCGCCAACCGCUAGAACUCUAGCCCUUGUUUACGCGUGGACAGGGCCACUUAAGCCAAUUUGAGUGAAGGGAAGGCCUGUGGCCUCUGCGAUGAGUCCUUCUCUGCUGGCCAUUUGGUCACUUGUAACCUGACCCAGAACUCCUGAGCUCAGCAAGCUUUGCUGGAAUGCAGCCGGAGCGCUUAGAACGAGAAAGGAAGGACGGGGAAAAAGAGAGAUUUUUUUACAUUUCCCUUUUAAAUGGAAGUGUUCAGCUAGUCAUCACUCUGACAUGACCCUAACCAAUGACUUGAACUAGACUAGGAGCAAGUCUGUUCCUCCGUAUGCACAGCUUCUCCAACAGGGGUGAGGACGUGGCUGCCUCAGGUGCAGCGAGGGUCGCCGUCCUCAUGGGUCACAGGAGCCCACAGGACCCUGGGACCCCUGCGGACACGGCAGGCGGCCCCGGAGCCCGGCAUCCAGGUGUCGUGUUGUCCACGCCUGCCCUGCCCUCUGUGUUUACAUGCCCGAUUGCUUCCGAGGAAUCGGGGGCCAUCCCCGAAGGAAUGCCCAGGGGCCAGCCUUCCCGGGGGCCAAUCAAUGUCUGUUCUUCUGAAGCCCCGACGAUCAAAACUGAAGGCACGUCCAGAGGUCUGAGGGGUUGCGAGGACGUGCUCUGGUGGUUGGGGUGUGUGUGUUUUGGUGUCUUUGUAUGGCGUUUUCUACACGAUGCUUCUUUCUGAUGGACAAGACCUCAUAACUGUGAUUCGUACCAAUAAAGCGGAUGCUGUUGUGGACAA